GGGAACGGAGCUGCGGUAGCGCCGGGGCGCCGCGGGAGGAAGGCGGGAGUCGGAGGCGUGCCUCGCUCCGCUGAGCCCCGCUCCGCUGAGCCCAGCUACGCUCUCGCCGCCGAUCGCUCCGCUGCCAUGGGGUAGGAGCGGCGGAGCGCGGGGACGCCGUCAGGCUGUGGCCGCCGGCGGAGCGCGGAGCGGCGCCCCGCGGUGCCGGGGAGCACGAGGGGCAGGCGCGGCGGGGCUGGCGCGGGAGGUCGGGCAGGGCAGGGGGCUGCCCCGGUGCGAGAGCGGCAGCGGCGGUGGCAGGCGGAGAGAUGAUCGCGGAGUUGUUGAGCAGCGCCCUGGGGCUCGCCCUGUACCUCAACACCCUGAGCGCCGACUUCUGCUACGAUGACAGUCGAGCUAUCAAGACAAACCAGGACCUUUUGCCUGAGACGCCGUGGAUCCAUAUCUUCUACAAUGACUUUUGGGGGACACUGCUUACUCACAGCGGGAGCCACAAGUCCUACCGACCUCUCUGCACCCUUUCCUUCCGCAUUAACCAUGCUGUUGGGGGAAUGGACCCGUGGGGCUACCACCUUGUAAAUGUCCUCUUACAUGCUGCAGUCACUGGCCUUUUCACAAACUUCUCCAGAAUUCUGUUUGGCGAUGGGUACUGGACCUUGAUAGCCGGCCUGCUGUUUGCGUCUCAUCCCAUCCACACGGAAGCCGUAGCAGGGAUUGUAGGAAGGGCAGAUAUUGGAGCCUGCCUCUUCUUUCUGCUUUCCCUCAUGUGUUACGUGAAGCACUGCUCUACCAGAGGUUCCUCACCGAGUACUUGGGGCUGGAUCUUGGGAGCAGGGCUGUGUGCUGGAUGCAGCAUGCUGUGGAAGGAGCAAGGAGUGACUGUUCUGGCCAUUUCAGCCGUGUACGAUAUCUUUGUAUUUCAUCGACUGAAAAUGAAUCAGAUCGUUUCUGCUUUAUACAAGAAAAAGAAUUUGACCCUGUUCUUCAGCAUUGGUUUAUUGACCUCCUGGGGAACUGCACUUCUGGGUGUUCGCUUAUACUGGAUGGGCAACAAGCCCCCAAGUUUUUCUAAUUCUGAUAAUCCAGCAGCUGAUUCAGACAGUUUUCUCACACGUACUCUGACCUUCUUUUACUUGCCAACCAAGAACCUCUGGCUGUUGCUGUGUCCAGAUACCCUCAGCUUUGACUGGUCUAUGGAUGCUGUGCCUCUUCUAAAAGCAGUCAGCGACUGGAGGAAUCUACACACUGUGGCCUUCUAUUCAGGACUACUCCUCCUUGCCUACUUUAGCUUGAAGGGCUCCAGCAAUGAGAGAGAAUGCAAUGGGAAAACUGUGAUGAAUGGCAAGCAAAAUGCUAAUGGGCAUAGCUGCCACCCAGAGAUGGAGUACAAGACACUGGAGGUGAAGUCAAGCUUUGCAUCAAAAGAAGAGAAUGGCCUAAAAAAGCAUGAAAUUCAGAAACUGCAGCUUCCUUCAACCGAGAACAUUGUCAUUCUGUCUCUCUCUUUGUUAAUAGUGCCCUUCGUUCCCGCCACAAACCUGUUUUUCUAUGUUGGCUUUGUAAUAGCAGAGCGUGUGCUGUAUGUUCCUAGUAUGGGCUUCUGCCUGCUGGUUACAGUAGGUGUCAGGGCCCUUUAUGUCAAAGCCCAAAAGCGCUUUCUGAAGAACUUGGUUUUUUUUUCGACUGCUGCAUUAAUUGUUUUCUAUGGACUCAAGACCGUUGUCAGGAAUGGGGACUGGCAGAAUGAAGAGAUGCUGUAUAGGUCAGGGAUAAAAGUAAACCCUGCUAAAGCAUGGGGUAACCUUGGAAAUGUUCUCAAGAGCCAGAGCAAGAUUUCUGAAGCUGAAAGCGCCUAUAGAAAUGCCUUGUACUACCGCAGCAACAUGGCUGAUAUGCUUUAUAAUUUAGGAUUACUUCUUCAGGAAAACAGCAGGUUUUCAGAGGCAUUGCAUUACUAUAAACUGGCAAUUGGUAGCAGACCCACACUAGCUUCUGCCUAUUUAAAUACUGGUAUCAUCCUGAUGAACCAAGGGAAGACAGAGGAAGCCAGGAGGACUUUUGUGAAGUGUUCAGAGAUCCCUGAUGAAAAUCUGAAAGAUCCUCAUGCUCAUAAAAGCUCUGUUACCAGCUGUCUUUAUAACUUAGGAAAACUUUUUCAUGAACAAGGACACUAUGAGGAGGCCCUUACGGUUUACAAAGAAGCAAUACAGAAAAUGCCAAGACAGUUUGCACCGCAGAGCCUAUAUAACAUGAUGGGAGAAGCCUACAUGAGAAUGAGCCGGCUGCCCGAAGCAGAGCACUGGUAUGUGGAGUCACUGCGAUCCAAGAGCGACCACAUCCCAGCCCAUCUCACCUAUGGAAAGCUGCUGGCUCUGACGGGACGCAAGAGUGAGGCAGAGAAGUACUUCAUGAAGGCUAUUCAGCUGGAUCCUACCAAAGGAAACUGCUACAUGCAUUAUGGUCAGUUUCUCCUAGAAGAAUCCCGCCUGAUAGAAGCAGCUGAAAUGGCAAAAAAAGCAGCUGAACUUGAUAAUACAGAAUUUGAUGUUGUUUUCAAUGCAGCCCAUAUGCUCAGACAAGCCAGUCUUAAUGAAGAGGCUGAGAAGUAUUAUGAAAUGGCAGCAGGAUUAAGACCUAAUUAUCCAGCUGCCCUAAUGAAUCUUGGAGCCAUUCUCCAUCUGAAUGGCAAACUGAAAGAGGCUGAAGAAAACUACCUCCUUGCUCUUCAACUUAAACCUGAUGAUGUCAUCACCCAGUCCAAUCUUCGCAAAUUAUGGAAUAUCAUGGAGAAACAAGGUUUGAAAACAUCCAAGACAUGAUGAUGAAAACUCUGAACUUCUUUUCCUUAAAGUGAUUGAACCCAAGAACUAGAACUUCCACACAGUUGUCAGGUCAGAGAACUUGCUGGACUUGACUGCAGGGAUCAGAGGUCCUAAUUGCUGCUAGGAGAAGAUAUUCUGCUAGAGAAAUAGAAAAAGGGAGACUUUGAGGGAUUCAUGAAGAACUUGUAACGCUACAAAAAUAGUUGGAACAAUGGCACGUGAGAGAACUUGUUUCGGUAUAUUUGAUAAAUAAUUGCAAAUCCCAUAUUGCUUACUUUUGGGUGGGUACUUGAAAUGUAUAAUGUCAUAGAAAUACGAAGGGAAAAUCACACAGUAAACACUAAACACAGUAAAGCCAUAUGGGAGUUAAAGUGGUAAUAGUAGGUUAAAGUAUUUUGCUAAUACUGUAAUUCAU